CCGAUUCAGCAGGCCUGGGUGCGAGCUCUCAUCGCGCUCGUGCCGUCGCGCCUCGAGCACGACUCGCACGGCAGGGUGGCAGCGGCCGACGCUGCAGGGGCCCAUGAUGCAAUCCGACCCUCCACCGAUCGCGGGCAGCGUCCAAGUCGGCUCCGAGCUGUGGCGCUCGCUCGGCCAGAUCCACACGCGCGCUAACGCCCACCGCGAGCAGUUGGAGAAUGCCAUGUCAGCGGGCGCCUCAUGCAUCACCUUCGAGCUCGCGCGACCGGCCAAACUCGGUGCAAGCGACGGCGCGGGCGACAUGCUCUGCGUGUUCACCGACACGGCAAUCGACCUCUCCGUGGCCCUUGAUAUUGGCCACUCCAAAGAAAAGGACGCGGCUGCACCGGUUGUGCGCAACAAGGGCGCGCUCAACAACUUUGGCAUCGGCCUCAAGGUGUUUCAAGCGUCGCUCGGCCUCCAGACGCAGGUCACCAUCUUCACCUACCAGCGCUUCGCGGACGGCGGCGAGGUCCUGGUCGCGGCGCGCAUGGGCAGCGCCAUCGACGCGCACUUUGCUGCCCUCUCCAAGGGCAAGGUCGUGCACAUGGGGCGCAUCAUCGUCAGGCUGCUGAAGGCCGCAAACGGCGAGCUCUCCUUCGACUGGGGCGCCGCGGCCGACGAGGCAAAGGCGGCCGAGAACAAGGCGGCCAUGCUCGGUGCGCACUCGCCGUGGGCCUCGGAGGCGGCGGCGCUGCGUCCGAUGCGCCAGCUGAUGCAGCUGGUGCGCGAGCAGCAAAAGUCGCGCGGCACGCUCUUCGUCUAUCACACCGACGGCUCGGUGGAGGCCGAGGACGACGCCGCCGCCGACGAUCUCGAGGAGGACGGCACCUGGAAGGACGUCGCGCGCUGCAUCGAGAGGUCGUACAUAGCGGACGACGUGGGCGCCCUCCACGCGCUCGCUGCGGCGGAGGGCGCGCCGCUGCCGGCCGCACCGGCGAUGCCGCGCGUGAGCGUGCAGGGCCUCGUGCUGAGCUUUGCGGAGCACGCGUGGUGCGCCGAGCAGCGGCGCGACGGUGCCGCUGUCGGUGCCUUCUUCCCCAUCCGCGUGCAGGGCGUCGACACGCCAAUCGCGUUCGCGCGCUGCGUGCAUAUGGAUCUGCGCAACGAGGAGCGCCGCCAGCGCGGCUCGACGACGGCCCCGCGGCUGUGGCUGCACAAGCAGCUGCGCGACGGCGCCUUCUUCGUCUUGCACGGGCGCAAGGUCGUCAACGACGAGGCGAGUGCCAUGUGGCACGGCGGCUGCUUCGAGGAGGCGACCUCCAAGUUCGAUCCUUUCCUCAAGCUGGCCAUCCACGGCGGGCAGGGCGAGAUGAACUACGCCAAGUACGGGCUGCUGAAGGAGUACUGGGCGGCGGGCUGCGACGAGGCGGCGGCCGCCCCGCUCCCGCCCGAGCUGCAGUACGCGAACGCCAAGAAGUGGAAGCCAAAGGCGUCGCACCUGUGGCCAAAGGUUGGCGCGGGCGUGCUCGCGCUGGUGCACCUCUCGCCCGAGUUCUUCGAACUCGACCCGUCCAAGACGCGCGUGCUGCGGCGCGACGGCGGUGAGGCCACGACCAACCUCACGCUGGGAAGCCUCCCAGCGCACGCCGACGCGCACGACGCGAUCCAAUUCCGCAAGGCGGCCAAGGCGGCCUACCGCGAGCAGAACGACGCCAUCUGUCGCAGCAAGCUCUCGGGCGACAUGUUGCUCGAGCUGCAGGCGUACCGCAAGGCGUUUGAGGCACUCGACCGCGUGCUCAAGUAG